CGCCGCUUCUACACCAGCCUACAUAGCCAAAGCCUACUCUCUCUCUCUUUCUCUCUCUUUACUUUCAACAAAUUCGCCGCUUAUCGCCUCCGAUCUUCUUCUUCUCCGAGACACACAAGGAGAACAGUCUCGCAUCUGCUUCGUCGCCGCUUAAGAAGCGACGGAUCGAUCACACUGAGGCUAUGGCUGAUGGUUCCGAGGUUCUCGCCUCUAACUCCAACAUCGCUUUCAACAGCAUCGGUGGUGACGAGUCGCGGCUCAACAUGGCGGCGUUUGGCAACAACUCCAACAAUCACGAGAUCGAUGAAGAUCUUCAUAGCAGGCAGCUCGCGGUGUACGGACGCGAGACCAUGAGGAGGCUUUUCGCUUCCAACGUUCUCAUCUCAGGGAUGCAGGGCCUUGGUGUCGAGAUUGCCAAGAAUAUUAUUCUCGCUGGUGUGAAGUCAGUGACACUUCACGAUGAAAAUGUGGUUGAGCUAUGGGACUUGUCGAGUAACUUUGUUUUCUCCGAGGAGGAUGUUGGUAAGAAUAGGGCACUUGCAUCUGUUCAGAAGUUGCAAGAACUCAACAAUGCCGUGGCUGUCUCAGCUUUGACUGAGAAGUUAACCAAAGAGCAGCUUUCUGGUUUCCAGGCCGCAGUAUUUGUGGAUAUCUCCUUUGAGAAAGCGACAGAGUUUGAUGAUUACUGUCAUAGUCAUCAGCCUCCUAUUGCGUUCAUCAAGGCUGACGUUAGGGGCCUGUUUGGGUCAUUGUUUUGUGAUUUUGGACCUCAGUUUACUGUUCUUGAUGUUGAUGGGGAGGAACCGCACUCUGGCAUCAUCGCUUCUGUUAGCAAUGGAAAUCCUGCAUUUGUUUCGUGUGUCGAUGAUGAGAGGCUCGAGUUUGAGGAUGGAGAUUUUGUAGUUUUCUCUGAAGUUGAGGGGAUGACAGAGUUGAAUGAUGGAAAUCCAAGAAAGAUAAAAAAUGUCAAGCCGUAUUCAUUUGUCCUUGAGGAAGAUACCACUAGCUAUGGGACAUAUAUGAAGGGUGGGAUUGUCACUCAGGUUAAACAACCAAAGGUGCUGAACUUUAAACCGCUCAGGGAAGCAAUUAAAGAUCCAGGCGACUUUCUUCUUAGUGACUUUUCGAAGUUUGACCGUCCACCUCUUCUCCACAUAGCAUUCCAGGCACUUGAUAGGUUUUCGUCUCAAGCAGGCCGGUUUCCGUUUGCCGGUUCAGAAGAAGACGCUCAGAAACUAGUGGAAAUUGCAAUUGAUAUCAACGAGAGUUUGGGUGAUGCAAGGUUGGAGGAUGUUAACUCUAAACUAUUGCGGCAUUUGGCCUUUGGAUCCAGGGCUGUUCUGAAUCCCAUGGCUGCAAUGUUUGGUGGUAUUGUUGGACAAGAGGUCGUCAAGGCAUGCUCUGGGAAAUUCCAUCCUAUCUUUCAGUUCUUUUACUUUGAUUCGGUGGAGUCACUUCCGAAGGAACCGCUUGAUGCAUCGGAGUUUAGACCACAAAAUAGCCGUUAUGAUGCACAGAUCUCUGUAUUUGGGUCUACUCUUCAGAAGAAACUCGAGAAUGCCAAAGUUUUUGUGGUAGGGGCUGGUGCUCUUGGAUGUGAGUUCUUAAAGAACUUGGCAUUGAUGGGUGUGUCAUGUGGCGUUCAAGGGAAGCUUACUGUCACCGAUGAUGAUGUAAUUGAGAAGAGCAACCUGAGUCGUCAGUUUCUUUUUCGAGACUGGAACAUAGGACAAGCUAAAUCCACAGUUGCCGCAACAGCAGCAGCGGGAAUAAAUUCUCGUCUCAACAUUGAUGCUCUCCAAAAUCGUGUUGGACCUGAGACCGAAAAUGUCUUUGACGACAGCUUCUGGGAGAAUUUGACAGUUGUUGUGAACGCGCUGGAUAAUGUCACUGCAAGGCUUUAUGUCGAUUCAAGGUGUGUGUAUUUCCAAAAGCCUCUCCUCGAGUCAGGAACUCUAGGUGCAAAGUGCAACACACAGAUGGUUAUCCCUCAUCUCACUGAGAACUAUGGUGCCUCGAGAGACCCACCAGAGAAACAGGCUCCGAUGUGCACCGUGCACUCGUUUCCUCACAACAUUGACCAUUGCUUAACAUGGGCCCGCUCUGAAUUCGAGGGUCUGCUUGAGAAAACACCAGCUGAAGUUAAUGCAUACCUCUCAAAUCCUGGUGAAUACAUGAAUGGGAUGAGGACUGCUGGUGAUGCUCAAGCGAGGGAUACUUUGGGACGUGUUGUUGAGUGCCUCGAGAAAGAGAAAUGCAAUACCUUCCAGGAUUGCAUAACCUGGGCUCGUCUGAGGUUUGAGGACUACUUCGUCAACCGUGUGAAGCAGUUGAUUUACACAUUUCCCGAGGACGCUAAUACUAGUACCGGAGCUCCAUUCUGGUCUGCCCCAAAGAGAUUCCCUCGGCCGCUCCAGUUCUCCUCAACCGACCUGAGCCAUAUCAACUUUGUCAUGGCUGCAGCUAUCUUGCGCGCAGAGACCUUCGGAAUCCCUACUCCAGAGUGGGCUAAAACACCUACCGGACUAGCCGAGGCUGUGGAAAGAGUGAUAGUCCCCGACUUUGAGCCGAGGAAAGAUGCAAAGAUUGUGACAGAUGAGAAGGCUACUACUUUGUCUACAGCUUCAGUCGAUGAUGCAGCAAUAAUCGAUGAACUAAACGCAAAACUGGAGCGGUGCAGGCUGAGCUUGCAGCCGGAGUUCAGGAUGAAGCCAAUCCAGUUUGAGAAGGACGACGAUACCAACUACCACAUGGAUAUGAUCGCUGGGCUAGCCAACAUGAGAGCAAGGAACUACAGCGUUCCUGAGGUGGACAAGCUUAAAGCCAAGUUCAUCGCGGGAAGGAUCAUACCUGCGAUUGCAACAUCAACGGCUAUGGCAACAGGUUUUGUUUGCCUCGAGCUGUACAAGGUUUUAGACGGGUCACACAAAGUGGAAGACUACAGAAACACAUUCGCCAACUUAGCGCUCCCACUCUUCUCCAUAGCCGAGCCGGUUCCACCCAAAGUCGUGAAACACCAAGACCAAAGCUGGACGGUUUGGGACCGUUGGGUCAUCAAAGGAAACCCAACCCUAAGGAAUUUGCUAACGUGGCUGGAGGAGAAAGGACUAAAAGCGUACAGCAUAUCGUGCGGAAGCUGUUUACUGUACAACAGUAUGUUCCCAAGGCACAAAGAGAGGAUGGAGAGGAGAGUGGUGGAUCUUGCAAGAGAAGUGGCCAAGGUUGAAUUGCCUGCUUAUAGACGUCACUUGGAUGUUGUGGUGGCUUGUGAGGAUAACGAUGAUAACGACGUUGAUAUCCCUCUCGUAUCAGUCUACUACGCCUGAUUAGAACUUUAACAUCCCCAAAGUCUUCUUUAUACGACAAUAGUGACAAGCAUCUCAAAAGUGUGUUGGGUUUGAGAGAUAGAAAGACAAAAGAGAGUUUUGGUGUAUGAGAAUAGUUUUAAGUUCUUAAAUUCGACUGAAUUUUCAAAUAAUUUGUUUUUUCCCAACUAUUUUUACUUAAUUAGUGAUUUCGUUGAUGAUAUAUGCGAAAUGGACAACAAAGGUCCAUUUGCAGCUUAUUCUAGAUCAGGAACCAAUUACACGCAAUCCUAACACAAAUCGUUUUGAAGCAUGAAAAUUUCACACCUAAAUACAAAGUUAGAUGAAACACAUACAUAGUUAUUGUAACUUCAACUACAAAGAGGACAUCUCACAAGCCCGUUCUCAUUACAUUCUCUGCACCUCGUCCACAUCUUAUCACUACUAGUCUCUUCAUCAUGAUGAUCUGCAUUAACCAAUCUUGAGCUUCCAUUACAACUAGAACAUAUCAAAAACCGUUCGUUCUCGCAACAUUCACAAGGCGAAUCGACCAGAGAGAUCCCUUCUAGAAGCUUCUUGAGCUUCCCGUUCUCGUUCAAUGCCACAACUUCAUCUGCUCCUCCAAUGUACCUACCUCUAACGAACAGCCUCGGAGAAGUAACUUUGCCACCAAGCAACCUCCACAUCUCUUCUCUAAACUCUGAAUCCAUCGAGACAUCUCUCUCUCUAUACAUCACCUUGUGAUUCUCCAACAAGAAUCUUACUCUUCUACAGGCUUCGAAUGUUUUCCUCACUCCUCGCAAACUCGUCGUGUAGAAUACGACCGAAUCUUCUCCUCCGGGUGGGCAGUUCUCGUCGAAGUCCAAAAGGAUCCCUCUUUCUUCUUCAAGAUUCUGUUCCUGUUCUUCAGCAUCUACUUCCUCAAGCUCUAGUAGCGUUGGUGUAACACAACCUCUGCUUUGACCAGAUUCUGCGACUAUUCCGUCUUUUAGAUGAUGGAUUGUGCGAUCAAUGUUACUCUUGUGAAGAGCUAGGCCUUGCUUCAAGGUCGUAACAAUGGUGAUGAGUUUGAUUUUCUUCGCCAAUCUUUCCUUCAUUCCCUUCAUUGCUAUCAAAAAUUGGAUCUUUUGUUGGAAAUAAAAAAGAAAGAAUCUGAAAAGAGAGGUUAAGAGAAGAAUUCCGAUCAAGAUCAAACCAAAGAUAAGAUCGGGUGCGAGGAUAAAAACAAACGUAAUGGGUUUUUCGUUUUC